AUGGCGUCUCUCAGAUCCGUUCUCGCUGCCGGCCUCCUUCUCCUGUCGACAACAGCCAAUGCCCACUUCGAGCUUCAACAUCCCUCUCCUCUGACGGCUGAGAGCAGCUCGCAGGCCACGGCACCAUGCGGUGGUGCCAAUGCCGACAUUGAUCAAAACACGGCGACCGAUUUCCACGUCGAAGGCGACUACGUACAACUAUUCAAUGGGCAUGCUCAGGGCAAUUGGUUGAUCCGUGGUACCCUUGACCCCAAAGCCGGCGGCGACUGGGAGCAGCUGUUCCCCAUUGUGCAACAAACUGGGCGUGGUAACUUCUGCGAGCCUGUUGUGACAGUGCCCGGUGAGUGGGCUGGGAAGAAGGGGUUCCUAGGCAUCAGCGGCAAUGCUGGCGAUGGCAUUCUAUACGCGUGCGCCGCUGUCAACUUCGUGUCUGGUUCCGCGCCAGCCCCCGGCGGCUCUUGUGUCAACGGCAGCGCCGUCACGGCAUCCUUUCAGCCGGAUGACACACUGUCGGCGCUCGUUGGCUCAUCGUCCAAUUCGGGGUCCAGCGGGUCGGAAACCACGGCGCCCGCUCCGGCGGCGACCACCUCACAACCUAGUGCCGCCGCACCAAUGAUGGGCGAGAGGGUAUCGUUUGGAAGCUUCGCUCUCACAGGCGUGAUGCUUCUCGUCGGCGCUGCUUUGCUUUACAUUUUGUAUACACCGAGCAUUUUUGUACAUCAUGAUACCAAUUUCCUGUUCAAGUUUAUCUCACAGUGCCGUGGUUCUGCUCUCAUUUAUGCAGCUGAGAAUUGCUCAGAGUUAAGGUACCUACCUACAUAUCGCCCAACGCUCCUGCCACAGCAUCAAGCAAGCAACUUCCACUAUUCAGGCCCGCCACUGGCACCUGAGCUGGCCAGUCAGGAAGUCUCGACUGAACAUGCUCGUACAAAUUCGACAAGACUCCACCAACUCCCGUCACCGACCCCCGAGCCCCACGGUGUGUUCAGGAAGGAGCCUGCGGUCACCCACGACCUCCUCCUGUUCGCGGGGAAUAUCCAAAUGUGGUCGUCCACUUGUCGUCCCUGUCGUCAAACAAGCACAAGGCCAUCAUGUUCUCUCUCUUCUGCCACAGCCAGUCCGCAGAGUGAUCAUGGACGGGGUUCGGAGCUUCCCUUUGGUUUGUUAGGUACUUGGGCGCAGCUGGAAACAGGGCGGAUGAUGCCAUUGCCAGGCUGCUGCCUUCAGUUGCCUUUGAUGAGGAAGGUGCCUCCCACUCUGCGGUCCUGCAUCCAGGUGACUUGGGCGGAAUUUGGUUGGGAAGCUGAAUGUGGAAGGCUUUCUCCCCGGUCCUGUCUUCUCCCCCGUGUUGCAAGAUUCCUCUCCACAACCAAAUGA